AUGAAAGAUCUGUUUUUCCUCCUCCUUUUCGUGCAGCUCCUUGCUGCUUCGAUUGCUGUGUACAAACAAUGGAUUCCGAACACCAAUUUUGAAAAUGCUUCCAAUUGGGAUAAAGACAGAAUCCCAUGUGCUAAUGAUGUGGUCCUUUUCAAGAGUAAUCAGGAGAUCUCGGUCUUUGUCCAAUCAACUCACUCUCUGACAGACAUGUACCUUCCAUUGAAUGGAGAGUUCAUUAUGGCACCUGGUGCAGGAUUUGCAGCUUUUGAUGGCAGCUGGGAUCCAGGCUGUGACACAGGUUCAGCUGUCUCAUUCACUGCUGCUGAGCAGUGUAAGUGGCAUGACCCUGCACUAUGGCAUGCUGCAACCUCCUUGGAGGACCUAGAGCAGGGCAAGUACAUCUUCGCAGUGGAUGAAGAACGUGUCCCGUGCCAGUACGAUGAUGUUAUCUUUCAGCCUGAAACCUCCUUCCGAGUAAACAUCGACUCAUCUGAGCGAAUGAUUCAUCUCCGAAGCAUCUCUAUAAUGGGACAGAAGUUCACCAGUGAUGCGGCCUUAGCUGAGUACAUGCAGAGAAGCUCGGCCAAGCUGCAGUUCCACGGCAACGGGACAUUCCAGGUGACGAACGCCAGGUGUCCGGACAAAUCGGGCUGUGAGUGUGGAAAUGCUGGGGAACAUCGACAGAUCUGUGCUGCCUUGCUGGGGUAUUCUGGGACUCGGUGCCCAGUGCUUGUGUGCAAGGACCCCUUCCAGCCAGUUGGACACUGCUGUGAAAUAUGCGGAGCCACUAUUUCAUUGGAAUACACGCCUGAUUUCGACAUUAGGCAGUAUCAGAACAGAAUUCUUCAUGCCUUCCUGAGCCUGCCAAAAUACGCAGGUGUUCAGCUGGCUAUAUCCAAGGUGCGUAAACCUCAGACUUCACAGAACUCCGUUCCAGUCAUCCAGAUUGUGCUAAUGGAUGAUAAGACGGGGUCACAGACGGGAACUAAUGCUGAGCAGUUGGCUGAGGACAUCAUGCGUGACGUAGCAGAGCAUGGUGACUCCUUUGGCAUUGUGACAGGUACAGUGCAAGUAGCCACUGGCAGUAAUUCUAGUGGACAAGGAGUUACCGUUACUGAUGGCAUCAUUGCUGGGACGGUUAUUGGUCUACUGCUUGGGCUGCUGUUGCUUGGCACAAUGCUGUUUCUCCAUCGGAAGGGGAUGAUAAGGUUACCAUGCGCACAUUUGGUAGGCCUGUGGAACAGAAAGGAGGACCAGGAUAUUGUGGCGGGACCAAGUGACAAAGGGUUUGACAAUCCUAUAUUUGCCACACCGACCAACGGAGCUGAGUCACAUGGUACAUGCUUCAGAGAGGAGGCCCCGAAGGAGAUGGCUAGUAAAGACAGUGGGAUUUAUUUUGCUAACCCUUUAUAUGAUGAAACUGAACUCAUCGCUUAAUCGCAAAGUCCUGAGCGGUCCUAGCCAAAUGUGAGAUUGGAAUAUAAUUUCAUUCAGGCUAAUAUUUUACCUGUUGUACAGCAACAGUUAUCCCAGGAUAACCCUCUAUGGGAACAUUUUUAUUCUGCAAUAAGAGUGGUUUUUAUUUGGUUAAUCUAAACCUUUUCCCAAGUGUUAUAAGUUAAAGCAGAAAAAGCCAUUCGUAUCGGAAAAAGUGUGUCCACAUGCAGGGAUUAUACACUGGUGUACUAUAUCUGUUUAAAUUCCCAUCUUAGCUUAUACCAAAAAACCUUUCCCAUGUAGCCAGGUCUAACUAAAAUCCCCAUGCAUCAUCAUCUGUGUAUGAUUUCUUCAGUUCCUGUCAUAAACUGUUAUUUUGUGUUGCUUCUAGAGCUGCUGAGUUCUUCUACCCCAAAGAUGGCUGCAUUUCAGUGGUGGGUGAA